CUUUCCUUGCUUUUUGAUUGUCAUUCCCAUACUACCUUUGUAUAAUUUAUCACCUAUUCUCAAGCACCCAUAUUCUAAAUAAGACGAGGAAACAGCAAGGAUAAGAAAAGGCAAAAGAAAUGGAGUAUCGAACAAUAACACCAGAAAACAGAGAACCCUCACAAGGAAUGAUUAACUCAAUCCUCAGGUUCUUUUGGGCAGUAUUCACUUUUAAUCAUGAAUAUCCUCAUAAACGAAAAGGAGAGGACAUGUCGGUGUGCAUCAUUAAGAAUAUUGUCAUCUUUAUUACUCGCUUUGCAUGUAUUAUGGGCGCGACCUGGUACAUUAUCAAAUUCGUUGAAGUAUGGCAAUUGGGAAAUGCUCGUCCGUUCAAUAUACUUGAAAGUCUGAGCAUCAAGGAUAAUGGAACUCCUACACCCACAUUGAGCCUUUACACCACGGAAAUAGACAAGAUCGAGGUGGCAUCAGUAGAAUAUAUCAAUGCGACUCAAUCCACACCUUCUAAUGGUCAAAACGUGAAACACUACAAAUCUGGCGCGGAAGGUGAAAGAAUCGUCAUUGUUCCCGAGAAGAAAGUUUUGACUGAUGGGUACCAAAGGCGUGAAUAUAUCCAGGUGGUGUUGAAGCAUUCCCCUGUCCCAUCCCAAUAUAACUGGUCCCAAGUAACUCUGUUGCAUCCGAACAUCGACGCAAGAUUCUUUACCAGCCGGGAUAAAUUCAACCAAUUCUAUUUCUUACCCGGUCAUUUUGUCGAGAUUCGGUAUACGCCUCUCAACUACAAUGAGGCCUAUCGGCCUGGACCUGAUGCCAGCUUCGUUCAACGGUUCAAGGCAUUUUUGGGCCAUGGUGGUCAAAACGAGACUUUUUCAUACAGAAGCACAGUCCAGCAUAUGCCAUUUCCCCAUGGCAUGUACGACGAUCUCACUACGGUACUUCUUUUGCGGCCUCAAUCUAAUGUGGAAAUUAUCUCAUAUGCAGCUGAAGGUGUCACCUUUCGUGAUACAAUGGCCAAUAUCGGAGGUCUGAUGGGCUUAGUCUCCUCUCUGAUCGUCUUCUUGUUUGGGGCCUCGUUGGCCUCUCCCUGGGGCUUGAUUGCUGAUAUCCCAUGCUUCCGGCGGCGUAUCACGGGUUCGUUAGCCAAGGCUUAUGAUACGCAUGAUGGCUAUUCAAAAGGACCCUUCACCACUCGGGCCGAAGACAUUGGAAAGUUUCAUGAUACUGAAGUUCAAACGCAAGAUCAAAAGAUCAUGCUGUUAAAGGAGCGAAUCGAUGAGCUGGAGAUGGUCUUGAGUGAUUUCUAUUUGAGCAGCGAUGUCUUCCAGACGUAUGCUAAAGAACGAAAGAAACUGAAGCUGGCCAGGACAGUAUCUGUGGCUCACCAACGAGAGAACCAGACUACAGAUAUUACAGCAACCGGUGGAUCACUCUCAAAGCCAGAGCUGGAGGAUUAUCACCCAUAUCAUCAAAAGGAACACCUUGGAUUCAAUGGCAGCCAAUCCAGCGAACCUUUGGUACAGACUGGACAAAGGAGAGCUGAUCUAAAACCAUCAUCAGAAUUCAUUGUUCCUAUGAGUUCAGAUGGAGCACAAGAGCACUUGUCACUACUAUCGCCAUCUCAACCAUCCUCACAUGCUGCUCCACAGUAUGAGCAUUUAAGCAUGUCGGAUCUGUCAAGAACGCAUUAGUCUAUCCUCAUUUUCAUCAUUUGCAUCAGAUACACAUCUACAAAUAACAAAAGAACACU